UCAAUAGCGAGUUUUCGCUCACCAACAUAAGGAACCUUCGCGGAAGCAGAGCACUCAGGUUUACGGCCGCGCACACAGACCGCUCUGGUUACAAUAGGCGGUUUCGCUCUUCGGUGAAUGCGGACGUAUAAUUACAGAGUAGCUGACGUCAUCACGCUUGGGAAUAUCCCUCUAGGCUCUAGCUCUCCCUCAAACAUGGCGAAUUUGCAUCGAGUGCAAGAUGCAGUUAUGGCAGCCUACGCUUUCGACGUUAUAGAUGAUGUAGAGUUCAUUCUUCUUAUGGAUAUCAACACAUCUAACAACCUUGACUUCCAACAUGAUGGUGGUCACUUUGAGUUAGACGAUUUCAACGAUGAUGAGUGUAGAAGCUAUUUCAGAUUCAAAAAGGAUGAUAUAUUUCGGCUCAAACAUGCUUUAGGCGUUCCAGACAGAAUCACCUUGCCAAACAGGUCAAGAAUGGAUGGAUUGGAGGCUCUCUGCUUAGGUCUGCAACGCUAUGCCUAUCCAUGCCGAUAUGGAGAUUUAGUUAAAGACUAUCGACGACCAGUGCCCCAGCUCUGUUUAGCCUUCAACUGGGUGACUAACUUCAUCUUUGAUGCCCACAAGCACAGACUGACAACAUUGGAGCAGCAUUGGUUGGCCCCUCAGCAGCUGAGAAUUUACGCUGAUGUCAUUCACCAGAAAGGGGCACCACUAAACAACUGUUGGGGGUUCAUAGAUGGGACCGUUCGUCCGAUAUGCCGACCUGGGGAACACCAACGGGUGGCUUACAAUGGCCACAAGCGUGUACAUAGUCUUAAGUACCAGUCCGUCACUUCUCCAAAUGGAAUGAUAGCCAACCUUUACGGACCUGUGGAAGGACGACGACAUGACGCCUACCUUCUACGGGAGUCAGGUCUUCUAACCAUGCUUGAAGGCGGAUCCCAUGAUGCAGAGGGUAACUUGUUGUGCAUCUACGGGGACCCUGCUUAUCCCGUCAGACCCCAGCUGCAGGCCCCAUUUCCUACUGCAAACAUCACACCGGAACAGGCAGCAUUCAACAGAGCUAUGUCCAAAGUCAGAAUUACUGUGGAGUGGUCCUUUGGGGAUGUAAUCAACUUCUUCAAAUACACGGACUUCAAAAAAAGUCAAAAGAUCCUGCUAAGUUCUUGUGCAAAGAUGUACAUGGUGUCGGCCAUUCUGACAAAUGCCCACACAUGUAUUUAUGGUAACAAUACAUCCUCCUACUUUGAACUGCAGCCUCCAUCACUGGACGAGUAUUUUCAAUAACUUUGAUCGAAACAAUUUCUGUUAUGAAUUUAUUUAUUUAUUUAUUUAUUUCUAAUCUUUUGACAGGGUAGCCCAUUCACCAACAAGUAGUGGUCUUCCAUGGGGCCCUGAAUAAACAU